AUGGGAUUCCUCAAGUCCUAUCUUGCGCCCGGGCGGGCGAAGAAAGAAGAGGAGAAGCAAGGCCAUAAAAAGAAUUCGGGCGCCCAGGAUGAAACGAAUAUGAAAGACAUGACUUCCGCGUCGAAGAAGACUGCACAAUACUCAAGAGGCACUCCUGUCGCGGGCUCGACACCGGGCGUGAUAACACCUUCAAGCCAAUACGGCUCUCGUCCAGCGUCGGUAUACUCACGCCGCACAUCUCUGUACCCACAAGGUGACUUCCGGAACUCGGCUCGAGACAGCUUGCUGGACGUGAAGGCCGAUGUCAUGUGCAAUUGGCUUUACCAGCAACAGCUUGAGAAGCAGUAUGCAACUGGCAUGCUGCCCGGCGAAGGGGCAGUCAUCAAGAAAGGUAGAAACGACUACGCCUGCUGCCCACCAUUGCUUCGGAACAUGCAAGGGAGUCUUUUUGAGAUGGCUAUGGAACUCAAUGUCAGGUGCGCCAUGACCGUGAACACUCGAGUCAUUAAUGUCAUUCUGAGCUCGAAGCGAUCAACUUAUGACUAUAUCCCCCUGCCAGACGGACUGCAUUUGCAAGUGCUCCCGUCUAUGCGCGAUCUUCCAAGGUGCCAGAAGCACCACUUUGCCGCCUUCAUUCAAGACGCCCAGAUCCUCGUCGUUUGGGACGACGAACCCAAGAAGUUGCUACUCAGAGCUGAGGCCUUGGAACGACAGUUGAUGACAAUGAUUUGGGGUACUGGUGGUGAUGAAGACGAAGAGGAAGACGAGAAGGCGGCCGAGAAGAACGCGGUUGAAGUUGGCGUGUCUGCUGUUGACCUCGAGGCUGCUCUCGAGAAAGGAGUCCGAAAACUGAAGCUUACCAGUCCAAUCACCGUCGCCUUGACCAUAAUGUUAACCAUCGCCUGCCUAGGUUUGGGUAUCCGAAAUCUCGCCUACCAACUCGCCAUCGACGGGUCCUAUAUUCGACUGGCACUAGUAGCCGCCAUCCCGGCACAAUUCUUCAUCUCCCUUUUCUUCUUCCAGACCAUUGUCACCAACAUAUUCCAAAUCUUUGGUCCGAUAUCUGCCAUCGACACGAACUCACGAUUUUACUCCGGGGAGGCUCCAAAACGCCUGGACCGAAACUACUGCACGCUACCCCAUGUCACUGUACAAAUGCCAGUUUACAAGGAGGGUCUGAACGGAGUCAUCCGGCCGACCAUCAGCUCGCUGAAGCAGGCGAUAUCCACGUACGAAAUGCAAGGCGGCUCCGCGAACAUCUUCGUCAACGACGAUGGUAUGCAGCUGAUCUCUGAGGAGCAAGCCGAAGCCCGGCGGGAGUUUUAUGAAGAGAACAACAUUGGAUGGGUCGCGCGCCCUAAGCACAACCCCAAGCCGGCCGAAGGAGAGCAAGUCUUCUUGCGCCGUGGAAAGUUCAAGAAGGCCUCCAACAUGAACUACGCGCUAAUGGUUAGCAACCGUGUGGAGGACAAACUGUUGGAACUGCAGCGAGGCCCGACUUGGACUCAGGACGAUGAAAAUACUGCUUACCAGCAAUGUCUCGAGGAGGUCAUCCAACAGGAUGAAGGGCGCACCUGGGCAGAGGGUAACAUCCGAGUUGGUGAUUACAUCCUCAUCAUCGACUCAGAUACUCGUGUGCCAGCAGACUGCUUACUGGACGCCGUCAGCGAAAUGGAGCAGUCCCCGGAAGUUGCUAUCUUGCAGUUCUCUUCUGGUGUUAUGCAAGUCACAACAUCGUUCUUCGAGAAGGGUGUCACCUGGUUUACCCAGCUCAUCUACUCCGCCAUCACAUUCGCCGUUGCCCACGGAGAUGCUUGCCCCUUUGUAGGCCACAACGCCAUGCUGCGGUGGUCGGCACUGCAGGACGCGGUCGUGUACCAGGACGAGGAUGGCUACGAGAAGUUCUGGUCCGAAUCUCACGUGUCGGAGGACUUCGAAAUCUCGCUGCAACUGCAAGUCAAGGGUUACACUCUGCGGUUCGCAUCUUACACCGGCGAUGGCUUCCAGGAGGGUGUCUCCUUGACGGUGUACGAUGAACUGGCUCGGUGGGAGAAGUAUGCGUACGGCUGCAACGAGCUUUUGUUUAACCCCCUCCGAUACUGGAUCACUCGUGGUCCGCUGACACCGUUGUUCCGCAAGUUCCUUUUCUCCUCCAUCCCUCUGCCAAAGAAGGUGACUAUCAUGGCGUACAUUGGUACUUACUAUGCAAUCGGCGCUGCCUGGCCCCUGACUGUCGCGAACUACUUCCUCUCUGGCUGGUUCUUCGGUCUUCUCGACAAAUACUACCUCGACUCGUUUGCUAUCUACAUCUCAAUCAUUGUUGUUUUCACUGCUUUUGGCAACUUUGCCCUGGCAAUUCUUCGAUACCGUCUCAACCAACAGGGCCUUGUGGAAGCUAUCUGGAACAACAUAAAAUGGAUCCCCAUGAUGUCGAUCUUCCUGGGAGGCAUCCAGUUGCACAUCUCGCAGGCCCUCCUCUCGCACUUCUUCUCCAUUGACAUGAACUGGGGCGCUACAGCCAAGGAGCUGGAGGAGGUUAACUUUGUCGAGGAGAUCCCACGCCUGUUCAAACGCUUCAAGGGCACCUUCGUGUUCUGCACCCUCAUGACCGCCCUCAUGGUCUGCGGCAAUUUUGUGUUCCCCUGGCAAUGGCGCAUUACAGAUUUUGCUGCCAUCUGGCCUCUCGCCGCGUGUACCGUCAACCAUUUCCUCCUGCCGGUAGCGCUGAACCCGGCGCUGAUGGUGUUUGCAUGGUAA